AUGAAGCGUUUCUGCCAUCCAGAUCGAACCGUGGACGAAGUCUAUGAGGCAACCCUCAAGAAAACGGCCAUCCUCCGUGACGCAGGGUACAACGUGGCUGAAAUGUGGGGGUGUGACUGGACCAAACAGAAAGAAACCGAUCCCGAGCUCGCAGAAUUCCUUAAAAACUUCGAAUUUGUCCCACCGCUUGAGCCGCGAGACGCGUUCUUUGGGGGUCGAACGGGCGCUGCGACCCUGUACGCCAAAACAGCAGAAGACGAAGAGAUUUCCUAUGUGGAUUUUACAAGCUUGUAUCCGAGUAUUAACAAGUACGGUGUCUACCCUGUGGGAUUCCCGCGAAUUAUCUAUCGUCCAGAAAACCAGAACAUUAACGAUUAUUUUCGUCUCGCGCAAGUCGAUAUCCUGCCUACUGAACGCUUGUUCCACCCCGUUCUACCUGUCAGGGCGGGGGAAAAACUUACUUUUCCUCUUUGCAGGUCCUGUGUUGCAGAAGAGAUAGCGAAUCCCCUGCUAGAACGAAGCAAUAUGUGUGGUCACACACGCGAACAGCGCAUGUUGAAAGGGACUUGGUGUACUCCGGAACUACAGAAAGCGGUGGAGAAGGGGUACCAAAUCCUAAAAAUACAUGAAGUCUGCCACUUUCCCGAAGAAAAUAGACGCGAAGGCCUUUUCGCAGGGUACGUGAAUACCUGGUUGAAGCUGAAACAAGAGAGCGCCGGAUGGCCUGCAGGUGUGGAAACCCCAGAGCAGAAAGCAGAGUACGUAAAGCAAUAUGAAGAACACGAGGGGAUUAAGCUGGAUCCUGAAAAGAUUGCUGUGAAUCCAGGCAGAAAAAGCAUUGCGAAAUUACUUUUGAACAGGUAACUAAUCUUUUUUCACACUUAAGAAAUUUAGUUGCAGUCAAAGUGCGCAUUUUAAAAAUUUAACUUGCCGUGUUUUACUGCAAAUUUUAAUUCGUGACAUGUUUACUACUGUGCAAACACAAUUGCAUGCUACAAAUCAAAAACUAGAAGGAAAUGUAUGGGAAAUAUGCCUAAAAAGUCUGCAGAUUUUAAACUUACAUUGCAGUGUUUUUCUGCAAAUUUCAGUUAUCGAAAUGAUUUAUACUGUGCAAACGCAAAUGCACGAUCGAAAUCAAAAAUUAUAAUCUGCGGACCGCGCAGGAAGCAAUAACAAACUUAUAAUUUUUCUUUCUUUUUCAGUUUAUGGGGAAAAUUUGGUGAGCGACAGAACAAACCAGUGACUCACUGUAUCACCCAACCCUCACAUUUGUUCCAGCUGUUAGAAGACCCGGUGAAUGAGAUUCACAGUGUACGUAUCUGCUCUGAAGAUGUCAUGGAGUUAGUGGUGACCAAAGCGGAAGACGAAUAA